CCCGCGUGUCUUAUCAAUAACAGCGCUAGUAUCGGCAACUAUAAAGAACGAGAAACACGAUUACAGCCACCCAUAGAGUAAACGUUGAGAAAGACGGGACACAGUUCAUAACACAAUGUAGUCUUUAGCGAAAGAUAAUUAGUUCUUUUGUUGUUAAUAGUCAACAUGCUGGCCAGAAAUAAUUGCGCCCAUGUCUUACACCACGCAACGCUACACAUCUUUAAUGGUCUUAUAUUCUUUGACAUCUGAAGCAUAACAAAUUAUAACCUUCAUAUCUGUGUACUCUUAGAAUUCUGUUACUUGAUCAGAUAUCAGUAAAACUAGCGUGCUUUUUUAUAUACUGCAUAUAUGAAUAAUUUUUUUGCCUAGAAGGUGAAUAUAUUCUCAUUUUGGGAAAACGCAAUUGCAGAGGAAUAUAGAGAUAUUUCAGAGUUGAAUUUUCAGAUAAAAACAAAAGACUAAUGGCAGGCCAGGUUAACAAGAAAGGUGAUUUCGGUAAAAUCAUGCAUCUUCCAGUACUGAAUAUAUCACCCAGUAACGACCACACGCUAGACGGCGAAUACAUCCAGCCAUGGAGGAGGAGAGACAAGGCACAGAUUCGCGACAGUCUGCCGAAAACCAAACAUAGAGAAGAAUCCAGAUGCACAGAGCGCCCAAGCAAUGUAACACCAGCGAAGUAUGGAAGCGUUUCCUGCAAACCUAAACGUUCUGUGGCGAGAUCGUUCACGGAACGCACACGUGACGCAAUUAGACCAGUCACAGUUGAUAUCCCGUAUCACACGGCCAUUACCCAACCCCCAGCGAAGCGAAACCACACCCCCAAGUUUGACGCUCUCACCAGGACCAUGGUACCCCUCCCACAUCUCUACGACAGAAGCGUGACGACAUGUCACCCAAAGACGGACAUAUCCAGCUGGUGGCAUCAAGUGAAAAAAGACGUUCCAAGGAGGCCUAAGUUUGCCGUUUCGGCGCUAGACAAGUCGGUGAAACUGCCGUACUUCAUCAUAGACGACACCUUUGUGACCAACGUCAGUGGAGUGUUUCGAAGAACAGACUCUUCUGGAUUCGACAAGGAGUAUUCCGUCAACCCAGAGUGGGCCUCGGAGAGACUCCAUCUGCACGGGCACAGGGCGUACCGCACGUGCGGGAUUAGAUAUGGGUGGUGUUUCUGAAGAUAGUGGACUGAGCGAGCGUAUGAUAUAGCUUAUAGGAGUCUCUUGUCUUUGUUUACGGAAGCUGGAAAAAGGUUUUUGGCACCUGUGCUCUAUAAAGUGGCAUUCCUCCUACUGAUGGAAUAGAAUAGAAGACACCCCAGCACGAAAAAUACAUCGGCUAUUGGGCGUCAAACAAUGGUAAAUGUAAACAUUAAAUGAUGAACCACAUCAAUAUAAAAUUUGAACAGUUAA